AAAACACGACAGCAGCAGCAGAGCUGACUGAGUGAGUUGAUGAAGAACAAUAAUUGUGUCAAGCGAAUGAUGUGAAGCACCGCGAUGAAUUUGUGGGCUUGUUUUGCACUUCUCAGUAUAAGGUCAAUCGAGAUCGACCGCUGCCGAGAUAGACUUUGAAGCUCAGUUCGAUUCGGAAGCGAAUGAAAACGCCUCUCUCCACCUCCGUGGAUUUCUCGUCUCUGUUGAGUACCAUUCACCCAGUCGCGCACCGUGGCUACCCCGAAAAUAACGUCGAAGGUGCAUCACCUGCGGAAGCUGCUGCCCUGGGCCAGCUUCAUGGGGGCAAACGGUUCUCUGCUCAAUGAUCGGGAGGAUGCCAUCCCGUCAACCGAGCGCUAUCUCGGUCUGGUGAAUUUCGGCAAUACUUGUUACUGUAAUUCGGUUCUGCAAGCCCUGUACUACUGCAAGCCCUUCAGGGAAAAAGUUCUCGAAUACAAGGCGAAGAACAAACGAACCAGAGAAACCUUAUUGACGUGUCUGGCGGAUCUGUUCCAUAAUAUACAUUCGCAUAAGAAGAAAACCGGCACGUUGGCGCCGAAAAAGUUCAUAGCCAGAUUGCGCAAGGACAACGAGGUGUUCGAUAAUUAUCUACAACAGGAUGCGCACGAGUUCCUCAAUUAUCUCUUGAACACGAUCGGAGAUCUCUUGCAAGCUGAAAGUAUAUCGAAAGAGCCGUCAUGGGUGCAUGAAAUAUUCCAAGGUACCCUCGUGAACGAAACUCGGUGCUUGACUUGCGAAACGAUCUCUUCGAAAGACGAAGAUUUCCUGGACUUGUCCGUGGACAUCUCUCCGAAUACUUCAAUAAGCCACUGUCUACGCGGCUUCAGUUCAACGGAAACCCUGCGUGGUGAACACAAGUACCACUGCGAGCAGUGCAACUCGAAGCAGGAAGCCCAGAAAUCCCUUAAAGUAAAGAAACUUCCACCUAUAUUAGCUCUGCACCUCAAAAGAUUCAAGUACACCGAGCAGCAGAAUCGCAAUACGAAGCUCUCUUGGCGUGUCGUCUUUCCACUGGAACUCAGACUGUUCAAUACUUCAGACGAUGCUGUGAACGGAGAUCGUCUGUACGACCUCGUCGCUAUCGUUGUGCACUGCGGAACCGGUCCCAAUCGGGGCCAUUACAUCUCUAUAGUGAAAUCGCACGGGGUCUGGUUACUCUUCGAUGAUGACAUCGUUGAUAAGAUCGAUCCGACAACAAUUGACGACUUUUUCGGGCUGACACAGGACACUCCAAAGGCUUCGGAGUCGGGAUACAUUCUUUUCUACCAGUCGAAAGAGUGAGACCAGAAAAGCAAAUUGUUGUUUUGUGGGGACUGCCAAAGACCAUCCCGCGUACAGAUCCAAAGAUUAGUUUAUGAGUGAGCUCGACGGCGAGCCGGUAACAGUGAUAGACCGGGUGGGUCAGUCGGAACAAUUCAGGAAGCGCAAACUUGCUCAUUUCGAUCCAUCUUGCCAACUGAGGGACGACUUACGAUAAUCAUUG